UACUACGCAAGGGGAACCCUAACCAUUCAGAUUCUCUCAAACAUUUUUUGUAUUCACAAAUGUUUGCACAUUUCUUUUCGUGUAUGAUAUUUUCUGGCGUUACACGGUGUAUGUGUACAGGAGUUUAACAAACACGCCUCACAAAGGCCGGUGAUAAUUGGUUUUGUGAAUGGUAUACUACAACAACAAUAAUCACUUGAGCUAAUAUAAAUCUUUCAACAUCUCCUGCAAAGUCAUCGCCAUUACAGUCUUUAACAGCUUAACUUAAAUUCUAUAUACAUCUUUCAAGAGAAAACUAAAAAUAAUGUCCUCUCUUUCAACAUCACUUUCUCUUGUAUUAUUAUUCAGCAAAUCCUUCAUGAACCUUCCUUACUGUGCACCCCUAAUACUAUAAUAUUUAUUGCUGUAAAUUUCCAGCACUGUAACCUACAAGCAAUAACAAUGCUCUUAUAUACAAUAUUUACCAACUGAGUAUUUAAAAAAACACGAUGAACAAUGUCGUAUAAAAAUGUCUUGGCCACUUCCAUCUCCUCUGUCCUCCUUCGUGCAAUAUUGGGAACAGGCGAGUGACAAUUGCUGCUCUCAAUUAUCCGUGUAAAUCAAUUACUGAACUGUGAGAGCAUGCAUGUAUGCAUUUUGUAUGUAUAGUGCGUUGCGUAUGUGUGUACUUUUGUGCAUGAUGCUAUAACUUUCUGUUUCCUUGUUUGAUUGACAUGACUUGGACUAAGAGACAUACUAUGCAUACAUAUAUGUAAGUGUACUUCUACAGCAUGCUAAGCAGUCUAUAAUAAUUAAUUAUAUCUUUGUAGUAAUGUGGGUAUUAGUCUUGUUGCAUUUGUAAUUGUCCUAUUGAGACUAUCGUAGAUUUAAGAAUGUAGGCUUUUGCGGCUAUUUUAUUUCCAAAUUUAGUUAUAAAUGGGGAACAGCAAAACAAUUCUGUCUGAAUGAAAUUUUCUCUAGUGCAUUUUUAUAUUGAGUUCGCCUGUUGGCCUUCAUUCCUAUGUACAACUCAUCAUAUUUUUAUGUACACGUGUACUAUGUAGUAACUUUAAUUUUAGGUAUAUUUUUGUGAAGUGAUUUUAAAAAGACAGCUUAGGGCAGACAGAGCUUCACCAGCAGGUAUCGACACUAUGGGAUGUCUUCCGAAUCAGAAUCCACUUCCUUUCAUGAAUCUGUGGCUGUUGGUCGUGAUGCAUCUAUUGUUGCUGUUUCGCAUAAUGUGAAAUGUCUCUUAAAAAGCCACAGCACGUCUUCCGCACGAUUAGCUAAACGAGACUUGAUUUGACUGUCUGUUGCACUCGGUCGGCAUCAUUAUAAUAAUAAGGCGUUGCAUUAUUAUUUAUCUUGUCUGGGACAAGCCUGUUAUUUGAUGAGAACAAAGGCCACUUUCUCUUCCGUUUUGAAAAUUAUUUCAAUCAUUAUCAGACAAACACACUGUGUGACUGAUGAUUAAGUAUGUACUUGGGUCUAUCGGCGGUCUGUAGGAUUGUCGAUCGUCGGAUCGUCUAUAUAAAUAUGCACUUCUUUAAACUAUUAUUGUUUUGCUAGUUAAGAAUCAAAAUAAUGCAUAUAUUUAAUAAAAUUUGUCAUAUCCAAUUUUCAAUUUUAUAGGGUGAUACAGUUUGCAUAUUGUCGUCUACAAUAAUUUUGAUCUCGUAGUUGGUUGUAUAAUGCAACUUGCAUUAGGUCUGUAAGAUUUUUUAAUCUUGACAAAGUAUAAUUUAAUGCAUCACUUAUUUGAAAAAGUUGAUACUCAAUUUAUAAUCUGCAAGAAGUAAACUGAUUACUGACUAAUACCGUCAACCGUCAUUGAUAAUUUUAGCUUUUACAAAUUGUAUUUGUGUGGCCUAAUUAUUGUGUUGUGUUGGUCUAUUGUUUAGAAAGAGGCUUUGGUAGAUAGUAUUCAGCUUAGUUAGAUGGUUGUAACACUUUUCUGAGAGGACAAUUUGAAAAGUCAUAUUGUUUUUGCAAAAAUCACAUAAUUAAGUCCCCCAAGUCUAUGUCGUCCAUUGUUGGAGGUUUGAAGUCAGUUCGUCCUGGGGGAUAAUUUCCAUUGGCACGUGCGUGCACUUUAGCUCAAUUUCGGUGUUCAUCCUAUUCGUGCAAGUAUACAAGUGAUUGAUGACGCUAUGUUAAAUGUCAAGUAGUAAAAAGCGUGUCAUAGUUGAACUCAAGCUUAGAGGAAAGAAAUUGAUGCUUAUCUCAUCUCUGCUUGAUAUCUUAUUACACUACCAUUGCUAACUCUAUAGCUCGUCGGAUAACUAUUAAUCUCAAUGGUGUAUCAGUACAGUUGGACAUUUUACUUUCAUCUUAUUUUUCAUUGCUAUUUAUUUAUUAAGUUAAGUUUCUUGUACAUUAAAAAACCCUCCUUUUCACUUUGACAAUAACCUUAAAUAAGCACAGUAAUUGACUAGAUGACAUUACACAAGGGUUCGGGAUACUUAUAUGCAUUACGUAACAGACUAAACGACAUUAUUAUUCUAAUUAUUUUUGUGUGUAUAUGUAUAUGUGCAACAUGCUGCGUGUAUACUGCACUUACAUGCCUUUUUGAUGGACACGUUUUAUUUUUGUGCUUAUUAAAUGUUUCCGGAUGUGCGUUGGGUGUUCACAGGAGGACAGUGUGGACAUGAUGGGCCAAUUCAAGCCUGAGAUCAUUUGUUAAUUCGAAUUCUCAAAAUUAUCAGAUUAUCACAAAAAGAAAGAAUGAAGUGGACGAAGAUGAGAUUAUGGAUAAAGUUAAACGUACCAUGCCCAAACAUUCUGUGCUACUAAGCUCAGCAAAAAUGUGUUACGAGUGUAAAAAUCCUGUGUUUAUUUCGGAACGCGUAAUAUUCAUGAAAAAGUUAUACCAUAGGUCUUGUUUUUGCUGCUCUAAAUGUAAGAAUCCAUUAAAUCCGCACAUAGUAGACUUAUCUAGUGACGGAUCUCUAUUCUGUUUGGAAAAAACUUGUCAUGCAGAGCUUUUUAAAACGACCAUCGAGAGUUCUUUGAACAAAUGUGUGCCUGAUGUAAACAAUGUGAGAAAUGAGAGUGAUCACAAGCGUGAAGAUGCAAAUCUACCAAGUGAUUCAAGUGCCGAUAUUCAUAAUAAUGCGUCAAAACUUAAUUUGCCUACUAGUGUGAGUGUAGAUAGCUCAAUGAGAUUUCGUAAUAUUGUCCAAGACGAAGAUUCCCACAGCCAAGGCGAUAUGCAAAAUAUACUUCAAGGAAAGGAACAAAAUAUUCUGCCCACACAAACUACACCUCGAAAUACCAAAAAGUUUAUGGAUUUUGCGGGUUCUUUAUAUAACAAUAGCGACCUACAAGUGUCAGCAGAAGUAGAUAACCCGAUUCCAAACAGUGGUGAUCUUACUGACAAUGAAUCAAAGGCCUUUACUGAAAAAGACAAAGAAAGUAAUGAUAAGGAAAGCAUUUUAAUUCCACAACUAGAGAUCGCGGAAGAAAGACAAGAACAAGAUACAGACGAACAAGAACAAGAAGCUGGCGAAUCAAUUUUAACUACAGAGACGAAUGAUAUACAGCAACAACAGAUUGAAGUCACUCAAGAAAAUGAACCGGAAAAUGAUAAUAAUUUGCUAGUGUUGAAAAGUGCAGAAGAAGUCACAUCAAUCCGUGACAAAGCCAUUUUAACAGUUGCAGAUCAAUUUAAAUUGAAUGUUAAAGAAGCCGGACAAGUUGAAGAGGAAGAAAAUCUUGAACUAGAACCAUCCUUGACAUCAGUCAUUAUUGUGGAAGAAAUUAAUUCAAACCAGUCGUUGGAAAAUCAUUCUGUAGAAGAGAUUGAAUCUGUGGAAUCGAUUGAAUCGACAGAAUCUGUCAUUGUCCAUCCACGCAUUAUUGAACAAAUCAAUGAUCAAUCAGUCAAUGAUACGAGUACUAACGAUUCAUCUACAAACAAUCCGUUCGAAGAAGAGCAAACCAGCUAUUCCGAGAACAGAGUAGAGCUGGAUUCAUUAGCGGGUACCCCAAAUAUGGGUACCAAUCCCACUCCAGUACCAAGACAGCGACCUCCAAAACCUCCACCACCGAAAUUUGCACCUUUGUCUCCGUCUCCUACACCCAGAUCUCGAAGUAGUCAACAACCUAGUAGCAGUAAUCGUAAUAGUAGAAGUAAUAUGGAAGACCCAAAAUCCACCACCGAAUUAUGGAAAAAUAAAAAUUAUUAUCCAACCGAACUUAAUCCGUUUGCAUCAGAGGAAGAUUUACCAGAGAAAGCAGCGAAAAAUCCGUUUGAAGAUGAUGAUGAUGAUGAUGACAAUAAUGAUGAACCAACGGCUAAACCUCGUAGUACCACUCCAAGCAAAGAAAUUAAUAACAAUGGAAAUAUGGUAAAAGAUUCACCGGCGCUUCCUAAUAAAAAUGCUGCCAAUUUCAAUGUGCCACCACCUCGGCCACCACCACCUCAACCAUCGCCAAGAAAAGUAGUCAUCCCUCCAAAAGAGUAUAAUCCAUUUGAAGAUGACGAUGAUAUCGGAAAUUUCGACCAUGAGCCAUCGAGUUCCUUUUAUGCAAAGCCAACAAACGACGAUGAAACGAGCUCUAUUAGUAGCAAAACCAGUGACCUUAGUAGUAUUAGUGGUGUCCCUACACCAACUCCUAGAUCUCUAAAUGCAAGUGACACAGAGGGAGGGACAGGUUCAAUGAAAGUCCGUUCUAGAAAGUCACGUAGAGCUCCACUCCCACCCACCAUCAUGAUGACCGGGUCACAUGAGCAACCUGGCAUGGAUCUCAGCUCAAUAAAAUUACCGGAAGAAGAAGCUCUGGGAAGUAAUAGGACGAGUACUCCUGAGAAGAAAAUAAUCCCUGCAUCUUCCAAACUGAUGAAAGGUUUGAGCACUCCGUCCCCUCGAGAUGGAGGAACAGCCACCACUCCACGAAAAAAGCGUCGUGCACCGCCUCCCCGACGUCGUGUCGAACCACUACCUGAGGCAUCCAUCAAGACUGAAUUUGCUGACCUAGAAAUAAAACUGAAAGAGUUGGAAAGGCAAGGAAUUGCGUUGGAGACAAAAAUCCGAUCCCUCAUGGAAGAGACGGAUGAAGGGGAUCAGGAAUCAGAAAGUCAACGCAAUGACCCAGCAGAAGUUGAUCUGGAACGUAGUUCUGCUGCAAACGGUGGUGUUGACGAACAAGUAGAUGAAAUGAUGAUUCAACUUUGGAGCAUUAUCAACGAGAAAAACGACAUCCUCCGGCGACAAACAGAGCUGGAAUAUCUACGCAGGGGACAUCGAUUGGAGGAAAUGCAAUCAGAAUUGGAGUUUAAGCUGAGAAUAUUAAUGGACACCGCAGAAGAUCAGAAAGAGCCAAAUCAAGAAGAUAUGGAACAAGCACUUCUUCAACAAUUGCUGAAAUUGGUGGAUGAACGGAAUGAAGUAGUCGAGUGGCUAGACUAUCACCGACAACAGGAAAGAGAAGAAGAACUUAUGCUUGCCAAAUCAAUUACCCAAUUUUCAACCUCCAAAACUGUAGAACCUAUUCCUGAUCAAAUCGCAUCCUCUUCAAAGUCUAAAUCUAAAGAAAAGAAACUCAAAGAGAAAUCGAAAGACGAUAAAGAGAAGAAAGAUGGAAAAUUAAGACUUGGAAUUUUCAAGAAAAAACACAAAAAAACGAAAACUAUCGAAUCCAGCACUGAACCAUAAAAAACACGACCAGUGGUUGAGGUUCAAGCUCCUUCCUGGAUAUCAUCAUCAUCAUUAAUUUCAAUCAUGCAAUAAUCCCGCAAGAGAUGUGAAAAAUUUCGAAACAAAAAUGAGUAACAUUCCUUAUUUACAUUGUAAGUUACAAAAAUAUGUCAUUCCAUAUUGUCUUGUAGAAAAAUUACUAUUACGAUAUCGUGCUUAGAUCUUUUAUUAUAUUUUUCUGAAAUUCUUACAUCAUUUGUAUUUACCAAAAAUAACAUUGUUAAGUACAUGAUUUAAAAACUUUUAACUGAUACUACUAAAUACUUUGAUAUAUGUAGCUUAAAGAAUACAAUAAUGUGUAUGUAUUGGCAUAUCUUAAUAACGCGUCCACAAAGCAGUAAAUUCUCGUUCUUGAAUGUUGCUUUAAAAAUUAUCAGUACUCAUCUUAAACAGACUGUACGUAUUAUCCAUAAAUUUUAACACAUUUUUACUUUAUUAGACUAGAUGAGCAUAUUUUUUUGGAAACGUGGAAAAAUGUGCAAUAAUAAAUAAAAUAUAAUUUUAAAA